GGAGCUGCUGCUCUGGCAACCUUCCCAUUUCCGGCUAGCUCCGAGAGAGCGUUCUAUACCUAACUGGCAGCUCCGGCUCGGGUCGCCAGCGAGGGGGGCUACGGUGCGGGCCCUUGGGGCGGGAUGUUCCGAGGGCUAAGUAGUUGGUUUGGCUUACAGCAGCCGGAGGUCAUCGACGGGCAGGCCCAGAGAUGCGAGCAAGCCACGGGAGACCCUUCCAAGCUGACCCCGGAAUCGGCGACGGAGGUGGAGGCGGAGUCCGCCGAUCUGGAGCAGCCUCCUGCCGGGGAACAGGAGCUCCUCCAGCAGGCCAAAGGCCUUGGCAAUUAUCUGUUUAACUUCGCAAGUGCUGCUACAAAAAAGAUAACUGAAUCAGUUGCUGAGACAGCACAAACAAUAAAGAAAUCUGUAGAAGAAGGAAAAAUAGAUGACAUCAUUGAUAAGACAAUUAUAGGAGAUUUUCAGAAGGAACAAAAAAAGUUUGUUGAGGAACAACAUACAAAGAAGUCUGAAGUAGCUGUGCCCCCGUGGGUUGACAGUAAUGAUGAAGAAACAAUUCAACAACAAAUCUUAGCAUUAUCUGCUGAUAAGAGAAAUUUCCUUCGUGACCCACCAGCUGGUGUGCAGUUUAAUUUCGAGUUUGAUCAGAUGUAUCCAACUGCCUUGGUCAUGCUGCAGGAGGAUGAGCUGCUAAGCAAGAUGAGAUUUGCCCUCGUCCCCAAAUUGGUGAAGGAAGACGUGUUUUGGAGAAACUACUUUUACCGAGUCUCCCUGAUUAAGCAGUCAGCACAGCUGACUGCCCUGGCUGCCCAGCAGCAGGCCUGUGGAAAGGAAGAAAAAGGCAGUGGCAUUGAGAAUGAUUUGCCCCUGACAGAGGCAGUACGGCCCAAAACGCCACCUGUCGUAAUCAAAUCUCAGCUUAAAUCUCAAGAGGAUGAGGAAGAAAUCUCUACUAGCCCUGGCGUUUCGGAAUUUGUCAGCGAUGCCUUUGGUGCUUGCAACUUAAAUCAGGAAGAUUUAAGAAAAGAAAUGGAGCAGCUUGUACUUGACAAAAAGGAAGAGGAGACAACUGUACUAGAUGAGGAUUCUGCUGAUUGGGAAAAGGAGCUACAACAAGAGCUUCAGGAAUAUGAAGUGGUGGCAGAAUCCGAGAAGAGGGACGAAAAUUGGGAUAAAGAAAUCGAGAAGAUGCUCCAAGAGGAAAAUUAGCUGUCUCUGGAAAUAAAAGAAUAGUUUUUAACAUUGUGCAGACUUACAUUAAAUUCUAAAUGUUGACAUUCACC